GGCGUGGACGUGGGUUUGGAGCGCGGCGCUGCUCGGAGCGUGGUGCAUCCCCGCAAAUCAAGUGAACCUGCUGGACUCUCGCUCCGUGAUGGGAGACCUGGGCUGGGUGGCCUACCCUAAGAACGGGUGGGAGGAAAUCGGCGAGGUGGACGAGGACUACGCCCCCAUCCACACCUACCAGGUGUGCCGGGUGAUGGAGCAGAACCAGAACAACUGGCUGCACACCAACUGGAUCCUGACCGAGGGGGCGCAGCGGGUCUUCAUCGAGCUCAAGUUCACCCUGCGGGACUGCAACAGCCUGCCCGGCGGCGUCGGCACGUGCAAGGAGACGUUCAACAUGUACUACUACGAGACCGACGGCGGCGAGGAGGAGAUGGAGGACGGCGGGAGGGCGAUCAAGGAGAGCAGGUACACCAAAAUCGACACCAUCGCCGCCGACGAGAGCUUCACCGAGCUGGACCUGGGCGACCGCGUGAUGAAGCUCAACACCGAGGUGCGCGACCUUGGCCCCCUGACCCGGAAAGGCUUCUACCUGGCGUUCCAGGAUCUGGGCGCGUGCAUCGCCCUCGUCUCGGUGCGCGUCUUCUACAAGCGCUGCCCCCUGCUGGUGAAGAGCCUGGCCGAGUUCCCCGACACCAUCCCCGGCUCGGAGGCCUCGCAGCUGGUGGAGGUGGUGGGCCGCUGCGUCAACAGCUCGCUGGCGCUCUACGAGCCUCCCAGGAUGCACUGCAGCGCCGAGGGCGAGUGGCUGGUGCCCAUCGGGAAGUGUGUAUGCCAGACGGGAUUUGAGGAGGUGAACGGGUCCUGUCAAGUGUGUAAGCCGGGGUUUUACCGCUCUCUGCUGCAGUCUCUGGCGUGCAGUAAGUGUCCGCCGCACAGCGUGGCCCGGCAGAGCGGCGCCACCUCCUGCACCUGCGAGGAUGGCUUCUACAAGAUGGACUCGGACCCCCCCAACAUGGCCUGCACACGCCCCCCCUCUGCCCCACGCAACGCCAUCUCCAACGUCAACGAGACCAGCGUCUUCCUGGAGUGGUCCGUUCCCAUGGAGACGGGCGGCAGGAAGGACGUGCGCUACAACAUCCUGUGCCGGCGGGUCCUGCCGGACGAGCGGGGCCUGGAGGAGUGCGGCCCCAACGUGCGCUUCCUGCCGCGCCGCCUCGGCCUGUCCAACACCUCGGUGAUGGUGGCCGACCUGCAGUCGCACACCAACUACAGCCUCCUGAUCGAGGCCGUCAACGGCGUGUCGGAGCUCGCCAAGGACUUCUCCAGGCAGUACGUGUCGCUGAACGUGACCACCAACCAGGCAGCCCCCUCUCCGGUGAGUGUGGUGAGGAAAGGUCACGCCGGGAAGAGCAGCAUCGCCGUCUCCUGGGCAGAGCCUGAUCGCCCCAACGGCAUCAUCCUGGAGUACGAGAUCAAGUAUUUUGAGAAGGAGCAGGACUCCAGUUACACCAUCAUCAAAUCCAAGGAGACUGAGAUGGUGGUGGAGGGUCUGAAGCCCUCGUCAGUCUACAUCUUCCAGGUGCGAGCCAGGACCUCGGCAGGAUACGGGGCAUUUAGCCGGCGCUUUGAGUUCCAGACCAGCCCUGACAGUUCAGUGACUGCCACAAGCGAGCGAGCUCAGGCUUCCAUCGUCGCGGUGGCCGUCACUUUGGCUCUUGUCCUCCUGGCAGUCGUCGCCGGAUUCCUGCUCAGCGGACGGCGGUGCGGCUACAGCAAGGCCAAGCAGGACCCUGAAGAGGAGAAGAUGCACUUCCACAAUGGUCACAUAAAGUACCCGGGCGUGCGCACCUACAUCGACCCCCUGACCUAUGAGGACCCCAACCAGGCGGUGCACGAGUUCGCCCAGGAGAUUGACGUCUCCUUCAUCUCCAUAGAGAGGAUCAUCGGCGCUGGUGAGUUCGGCGAAGUGUGCAGCGGCCCGCUGAGGCUGCCCGGCAAGAGGGAGCUCCCGGUCGCCAUCAAGACCCUGAAGGCCGGCUACACGGAGCAGCAGAGGCGCGACUUCCUGUGGGAGGCGUCGAUCAUGGGCCAGUUUGACCACCCAAACAUCAUCCACCUGGAGGGCGUGGUCACCAAGAGUAAACCAGUGAUGAUCAUUACUGAAUACAUGGAGAACGGAUCGCUGGACACCUUCCUCAAGAAAAAUGAUGGUCAGUUCACUGUAAUCCAGCUGGUCGGUAUGCUGCGUGGGAUUGCAUCUGGCAUGAGGUACCUGUCUGAUAUGGGCUACGUGCACCGCGACUUGGCCGCUCGUAACAUCCUGGUCAACAGCAACCUGGUGUGUAAAGUGUCUGACUUCGGCCUGUCCCGAGUCCUGGAGGACGACCCUGAGGCGGCGUACACCACACGGGGCGGGAAGAUCCCCAUCCGCUGGACGGCUCCGGAGGCGAUCGCGUACAGGAAGUUCACCUCGGCCAGCGACGUGUGGAGCUACGGCAUCGUCAUGUGGGAGGUGAUGUCGUACGGGGAGCGGCCCUACUGGGAAAUGUCCAAUCAGGACGUAAUAAAGGCGGUGGAGGAGAGCUACCGGCUGCCAGGUCCUAUGGACUGCCCCGAGGCGCUCUACCACCUCAUGAUGGACUGCUGGCAGCGAGAGCGCAGCAACCGGCCCAAGUUUGACGAGAUCGUCUGCCUGCUCGACAAACUCAUCCGCAACCCCAGCUCGCUAAAGAAGCUGGUCAACUCCUCGCACAGGGUUUCCAACCUGCUGGUGGAGCACGCCAGCGUGGAGCCGGCUAACCCCACGCUGGCUCAGAGCGUUGGCGAGUGGCUCGACUCCAUCAAGAUGGGCCGCUACACCGAGCUCUUCAUGGAGGGCGGCUACUCCUCGCUGGACACGGUGGCUCAGAUGACCUCAGAGGAUUUGCGGCGAGUAGGAGUGAACCUGGCCGGACAUCAGAAAAAAAUCAUCACGAGCAUCCAAGAGAUGAGAGUCCAUAUGAUUAACAUCAACUCCACCGUGAACAUCUGACACGUGUGAACCGGAACACACACACACAUACAAACACACAAACACACACUGACAUGCACACAAACACAUACAGACACACACACACACAGCUCACAAGAUAUGGACCUAAAUGAUGACAGGACGGUGACUCGGAUUAGCUGUUGGACCUAGAUCGGCUUAGCACUUUUUUUUACGAACGAGGAAACCGAGUAUUUAUUAUUACAGAAAUGGAUCUAAACUGGAGGAUCCACAUCUCCGUGGUUCUGGUGUGGAAUUCAGUUGUGGUGUCACUUUGGGGGAGAUUUGACAUCGCACGGCUAAAACCAAACUGAACUGAACUGAAACGCGUGGUGCUACACGGAGGGCAGGUGCCGGCGAGCUGAAACCGAACUGUGCAAAAACUUCGUUCUGAUUAUUCUGUUUGUAUUGGAUCUUGGUGAUUUUAAC